UAAGUGCCAUACUGUAGACUUGCAGAAUGCUAACUGUCUCAGGACCCCCAGCUUGACAAACUGAUAUACUGUGCUGCAAGCCAAGAAUACCGUGACAAUAGGAGGCAGAACUCCAGAAAGACUCCACAGUCACCAUUCUAAGAACUCAACAACAUUUGCAGAGGUCUCGCUGCUGGGUCUUGUUAUCGGAGUUAAUGAGUAGUAGUGGGUAACUAACGGAAUCAUGAACGUUAGCACCUCAGAGCAGGACAUAGACAACUUAUGUCAGAUCUACAAAGAUGAGAAGGGAGAUCCGAGAGAUCCAAUUCAGUCUUGUUUGAAAAGAAAUUUACUUGGUAACUCCUCUCUGCCAUACUCUAAUGGGUCCAUUAUUUCUCAUCUUCUGAGGAAAUCUAUUACACAUGACAGAAUGUCUGAUCAGAAUAUUCCUUACUUCCCAGCUAGCAACCUUUCAAGCUCAAACAUUACAGAAUUUGGUCAAGAGAGCAGAAAUUGUGCCUUGAAGGAAGAGGUAUAUAAGUCCCCUUCUUCUCCUCUUAAUCAUCCCACCGUUACACACCUGUAUGAAGUAGAGAGGCUAUAUGAUGAACACCUUCAAGCAAAAAGAGCGAGGGUAGAGAAUAUUGUCCGAGGCAUGACAAAUUCUCCCAACAGCACCCCUCUUAUUUGUGAUGUAGAAAAACAUGGUGAUUAUCAGAAUGGACAUGGAAAAGAUAGCUACAGAGAAAAUAAAAGGAAGCAAAGGCUUCCACAGCACCAAACCCAACCAGUGACGGAUAAAGUUGUAUCAGAAAGGGGCAGAAGAAGAGAAGAAGAGUGUAAUAGACUGAAAAAACAACUUCAGACUUUACAAAGGCAACUGAAGUGCCUUCAGGAGAAGCUCUUCCAAGUUUAUGACUUAAGCAAUUUGGACCAAGAACAUGAAGGCAGAGAUAAAAUGAAGAGUCUAUCAACAUCAAACAAUACAGAGACUGAAGAACAUUUUAACAUUAGUCCUGACAAACGUGUGAACAAUGUUCUUGCUAAGAAGUCACUUGUAGAGGAAGAAACCAACAAAUGUUCUUUUACCGAUAAAAGAGGAAGGGACUUUUCCUCUUCUCAUGAUGGACACAAUCUGUCAGAAAUUCUGAAACAAGAACUGGCCGAUGCCAUGACACAAAUAGUUGAUUCUGUUUUAAAGAAGUUCUCCUCAAAAGUUUCCAGCUAUUUUCCUCAAAUAAAUAGUGUUGAUGAGGCAAGCACAUCCAAGAGUUGGGCUUCUGAUGACCAGGAAGGAAAAUAUUUUGGUGAUCAGGAGGAAGAAACUGAAGAUGCUAACAAACAUGAAGACAAUGCCCGUCAUUCACAUGCCGAGAACUCGGUCACUGGAGAGCAGACAGAAGCAUUGCCAUUAGUAGUGAAAAAGUCUCAUGCAAACUACUCAGCUAUAAAUCCGCUGGUCAAAGGAGCCCAUCAAAUAUCUCAGAUACCUUUUCACAUUGCCCUGAAUCCACAAGUCCAGGACAGCCAGAUGCUUGGUCAUCUUUUGAGAUAUGGGCAGUGUAGCAACUUGGGUGCUGUAGGCCUUGCUUCCCCACUGGACAGAUCUUCUCCAGAAUCCUUGGACCUGCCUUGGGAGAAUGUUAAUCUGAGGUCAAAAGUUACCUCAAAUCCUAACAGCCAUCAGAAGUGUGCAUCUUCAUUCAGUCAUGAUCAGAUGGAAACCCUUUGUAUUCCUCAUGUUAAGACAGAAUAUGGUGAUCUUCAGGGGAUCGUGGAAGGAGGCCCAUACUCAUCAUCAAAUAUCCAGGAGGGUCUAACACCAAACCACCUGAAGAAGGCAAAGCUAAUGUUUUUCUAUAGUCGCUACCCCAGCUCCAGUGUGCUGAAAACCUUCUUCCCUGAUGUCAAGCAGUUUAAUCGAUGCAUCACAUCUCAACUCAUAAAAUGGUUCAGUAACUUCAGAGAAUUCUAUUAUAUUCAGAUGGAGAAAUUUGCUCGGCAGGCCAUCAUGGAAGGAGUAACUGAUCCAAAGAAACUUACUGUCACCAGGGACUCUGAACUAUUCCGGGCUCUCAACAUGCAUUACAACAAGGCUAAUGAUUUCCAGGUUCCUGUACGUUUCUUGGAGGUUGCAGAAACAACACUACGGGAAUUUUUUAGCUCCAUUAUCACUGGAAAGGACACUGAUCCCUCCUGGAAGAAGUCCAUUUACAAAGUCAUUGCCAAGCUGGACGGUGAAAUUCCGGAGUCAUUCAAAUUCCAAACUAGUCUGCAAGACUUUGUCAGCUUAUAAAACUGUCCCUUUUGUGCAGAAUAGUUGGGGCUCUCACAAUGGAAGUGAAAAUGAAUGUAGUUACUGCACCGAUAUAUCAAGGCAGUGUCCCCCAGAUCAAUGUGCCAGAAAGUGGUCUUCCUCUAACGUCUGGAGAAAAUAGGAGUUAUAGAAAUGUAUGUGGCAUUAACGGAUAAGAGGGGAAAUAGAAACAGCAAUGUGUUUCACAUUAUUACCUCUUGGCAGUGGCAGAUUGGGUUUGUUCAUAACUUAUCUCAUUAAUAGUGAUGCCUGGGAUGUCAUAAAGGGCUUUUUGUUGACAAGACCAUGUGUACUUCCUGUUUGUUACACUAUACAAGUGUGUACAUCUAAAAGGCAGGGUACCUCUACAACAUCAGAUAGCUCCUCGAAUUUUCCAAAACAGAAAAAUUAUCCCUCAUCAUACUAUUUCUUGAGUUUUCCAAAAAAAAAAAAAAUAUAUAUAUAUAUAUAUAUAUAUAUAUAUAUAUAUAUAUAUAUAUAUAUGUAUAUCAUGCAGUUAUGUUUGAGAUCGCCAGUUUUACCAUUUAUAGACGCCUCCUUCCAGUCCAGAUAACUAACUCACAUUAGAGAAGCAUUUCUCGCUGUACACUUAAUUCUCCUCCCAUGUCGCAUGUAAUUAUUCUCUGUUUUUGAAUUUGUUCUGUUUUAUUUUUUUGUAAAUUUCUAAACUCAAGCUGUAUGUGCAAAUGGUCUAUUGUCAUCAGUAUACUACCCCAUUAAAUUGACUAACUAUU